GCAGUAUGAGCGGGUAGCCUGGCUCGCGCUGUCACUUAUAAUAAAGUUAAUUGCGGCACAGCGCGAGCUCAGCCUGACUGACUUUAGUUCAGUCUAAUUUAUAGCUUGUUUCUUCCUAAAAUCUUACUUUUAAACUUACUUAUAGAGGAUUUAAGGAUUUAGAGCUGUGAUUGAAGCUCUGAAAGUGAGUUUAAGGCGUUUUUCGGGUGAAGUUUGUCGCUAGCUAACAGGUUGUCUCCCUGUCAGAUGAAGCUAAGCUAACCUGAGGUAAAAAUGACAUCUCCCGCUCAGAUUCCCGCCAAUUCCUGGACUGUCCGCGUCUCCUCUAAAGCUCAGCCCGGGCUGGAGAUGGCGGAUAUCCCGGAGAGGAGGAAGAACUCGCCGCUGGACGGUAACCGGCUGUCUCCGGAGGGGUUCCCUGCGGGGGGGCUGAGCUCCCAGCGCCGGGCGUCGCACCUGUACGGGGGCUACGGGCACCGCAUGUCUGUGUACAGCACCACCCGGCCCGUUAUCUCCCGGGCUUACAUCCAGGGCCGCGUUUAUAACUUUCUAGAACGACCUUCAGGCUGGAAAUGCUUCGUCUAUCACUUCACAGUGUUUUUAAUUGUCCUGUCUUGCCUGAUUCUCAGCGUUCUGUCCACUAUUGAGGAGUAUCAGACCCUAGCCCAGGAUACACUAUUCUGGGUGGAAAUUGUGCUGGUGGUGUUCUUUGGAGUGGAGUAUGUGGUGAGGCUGUGGUCAGCAGGAUGCCGCAGCAAAUACGUGGGAAUUCUGGGAAGACUUCGCUUCGCUAGGAAGCCCAUCUCUAUUAUUGACCUAAUAGUGGUGGUGGCCUCAGUCAUUGUUCUCUCAGUGGGCUCUAAUGGGCAGGUCUUCGCUACCUCUGCUGUCAGAGGAAUCCGCUUCCUGCAGAUUCUGCGAAUGCUGCAUGUGGAUCGGCAGGGAGGAACAUGGCGGCUGCUGGGCUCAGUGGUCUUCAUUCACAGACAGGAGCUGAUCACCACUCUUUAUAUUGGAUUCUUGGCGCUGAUCUUCGCCUCCUAUUUUGUCUACCUGGCAGAGAAAGACGCAGUAGACGGCGAUGGAGUCACAGAGUUUGGCAGCUAUGCUGAUGCUCUGUGGUGGGGAGUGGUAACGGUAACCACGAUUGGUUAUGGAGAUAAAGUGCCACAGACCUGGAUAGGGAAGACCAUUGGCUCCUGUUUCUCUGUCUUCGCCAUUUCCUUUUUUGCUCUUCCUGCUGGUAUCCUGGGUUCAGGCUUUGCCCUGAAAGUACAGCAGAAACAGAGACAGAAGCACUUCAACAGACAGAUCCCUGCAGCCGCUUGUCUUAUACAGACAUCCUGGAGGUGCUUUGCCAUCGAGAACCCAGACUCUUCCACUUAUAAGAUGUUUGUACGAAGAAAACCCAUGACGGCUCACCCCUCGGCGUCGAGUCCUAAGGCAAAGAAAACUGUGAAAAUGAGGAGAAAGGUAAAAACCAGCGAGAAAGAUAAUGGGCCGUCGAGUCCCACUAUCCCUACCAUCACGUACGACUUUGAUGAAGGGAGAGACCCCAGUCAGGACACAGUGUACAGUACUGAUAUGUCAGGAGCAGCUGCCCUGAGAAGACUGGACCGGCAGCAGUCCUGGACCUCUAUAACCUCCUUCCAGUUCUCCCCUCCUCCAGUGAAGAAGAGUCCAGGGAUUUUGGAGAUCCAAUCCCAUCCCCCCCUGCAGAGAAACAGCAGUUUUGCAGAUGAUCUGGAGCUGGAGGCCGAGAGGGACAGUAUUCUCCUGCCUGUCACUCAUGUGUCACAACUGCGGGAAUCCCAUCGCGCUGCCAUUCGGGUGAUUCAGAGGAUGCGAUACUUUGUGGCCAAAAAGAGGUUCCAGCAAGCUCGUAAACCAUAUGACGUGAGGGACGUAAUAGAGCAGUACUCUCAAGGCCAUCUCAACCUCAUGGUGCGCAUCAAGGAGCUUCAGAGAAGACUGGAUCAGUCCUUGGGAAAAAUAACCCUGUUCCAGACAGGUUCAGACCGCGCUAAAGACAAGGGUUUAAACACUAUCGGCUCCAGACUCAACAGGAUGGAGGAGAAGAUCACACACAUGGACAAGACUCUGAACUGCAUCGCUGAGUCCCUGAACUCGCUGCUGAUGAGGGAUAGUGGGAGGAUUGGAUUGGCCGAAGCUGGACCCAGCCUGUCUGCAUCCAAUAGCCUACCCAGCUACGACCAGCUCUCCACCACCACCUUCCCAUCAGCCCUCGAGGAGAGCUCCUGACCUGAAGUGACCUCACAGCUCCUGGAUCACAGUGUGCCUCGGCCUUUGGUUGGGUUUGUGUUGUGUUGGUUUGGGACGGCCUGAACUGCGAUCACACAGCAGGUAACAGUAGCUCAAAUCCGGCUUUAAAGAUUCUGAAGCGGCACAUGCUACUUUACUAUUUUUAGGGACGUCCCUGCAUUUGUUUUUCUACAACAAGACAAUGCAAAUCCACAUGCUGCACGCAUUACAAAGACAUUGCACGCUUCAUCAGUUGGUAUCCUUGGUGCCUAAACAGCUUUUGUGAGAAGACUGUUGUUAGAAGUAAUGGCAACAUUCUUAUAUGGUAAACUUUUUGCGUUGGAAUGUGUAACAGGCCUGAAAUGCAGGAAUUGAUGUACUUGUAUGCUCUUGAGACCCUGCGUCCUCAUUUGAGGACAUUUACAUUUCUGCUUCUUUACAGCAUGAUGCCUAAUUUUUCUAAAACAGUGACUGUUUGGUCUCAUAGAGAGACACUGUCCCUACCAUCUAGUGGUCACAUGACAACAUUAAAUGUAAUUAAUAAAAAUUGAGAAGAGGAGAAUCCCAGUCAAAAGUUUCUACCGGCAGUUCAGACCGAAACAUGGGUCAGAUAAACAUUCUAAUUCAAUUUUAUGUUUAAAACUAGUUUUAGUCAAAGUUAGUUCAUGGAAUUAUUGGGUCCUUCUGAUCCCAAAUGGCAGGGAUAAUUUUUACCAAACAUUGUGUUUUGCAAAAAAAAGUCUAGGUCUCAGGAGGAUAUAGAUAGAGUGGCUUGAAAAAGUAUUCAUACCCCUUACUUUUUUACAUUAUGUCACCAUACAACCACAAACUUGAAUGUAUUUGAUUGAGAUUUUAAGCGAUAUAACAACAUAAAGUAGCACAUAAUUGUGAAGUGGAACAAAAAUAAGAAUCUUUAAAAAAUUAGGGUCUUUUGGGGUUUGUCUCUACCAGCUUUGAUCAUCUAGAGACUUAGAUUUUCACCCAUUUCUUCUUUGUAAAAUCACUGAAGAUCAGUCAGGUUGGAUGGAGAGCGUCUGUGAACAGCAGUUUUCAUGUAUCUUUACAGAAGAUCAAUGGGAUUUAGGUAUUUUAGGACUUUGACUGGAUCAUUCUUACACAUGAAUAUUCUCUGAUCUAAACCAUUAUAGCUCCACUGUAGCUCUGGCUGUAUGUUUAGGGUCAUCGUCUUGCUGGAAGGUCUCAAGUCUUUUACGGCCUCCAACAGGUUUUCUUUUUCCAGGAUUGUUCUGUAUUUAUUUAUCUCCAUCCAUCUUCCAUCCAUCAACUCUUGACCAGCUUCCUAAAUCUGUCCCUGCUGAAGAAAAGUUUAUCCCGACAGCAUGAUGCUGCCACCACCAUGUUUCACAGUGAGAACGGUGUGUUCAGGGUGUGUUCAGCAGUGUUAAUAUUGUGUCACACACAUAGCACUUUGCAUUUAGGCCUCUCAUCUGACCACAGCACCUUCUUCCAUAUGUUUGCUAUGUUCCUACAUGGCUUGUAGCUACAAACUGCAAACAGCACUUCUUAAUUCUUUGUUUAAACAGUGGUUUUCUUCUUCCACUCUUCCAUAACUGCCAGAUUUGUGGAGAGCAGGACUUAUAGUUGUCCUGUGAACAGAUUCCACUGCAUAUGGAUAAAUUAAGCGUGGUGAUCAGACGAAAAAAAGUCAAAGUAAAUCUAUACAGUCCAAACAGUUUCUGAUUUGGCGUUUUUUUUAUUAUUUUCUGGCCAAAAAAAAUUCUUUUUUUUUUUUUUAUAACCUUUGGACUGUAAGUACAGGUUUAAAUGUUUUGCAUUUUUAAAUAUUUUUGAUUCCUAAGCUGAUUUUUAUGUUUGUUAUAUUUGUAAUGUAGGGGAUUUUAGCAGGUUUUUUUUUUUUUUGUUGGAGUCUAUGAUGUACAAAUGAUUAAUGUUUAAAUUAGGUUUAUUUAUUAAUGCAUGUGUGUGUCCGCUUCAUUUUUGUUUGUUUGUUUGUUUGUUUUAAUUUUCAUUAUAUAUUCAUGACGCUGAGCCCUCUUUUUUUUUUUGGUUCUCAUUAAUAAAUAUUAACCGCUCUCUCUCUCUCUUUCUGUCUCUCUCUCUUUCUUUUUCUCUCUCGCUCUUUCUGUUUGUAUACGUUUUCAAUGGGUUUUUCUAUUGUAAGGUCAGAACUGACCACGUUCCCAUUCAGGUCCUGCACAGAUGUCCGGGCUUUCCCGCUCUUUUCCCCUGACCGCUGGGCUUUAGUGGUGCGGUGGCAGCAGGGGAGGUUGGGGUGAUGGUGUGGAGGCAUUUAUGGCAUUCGGGCAGCAGCAGUUGUAGUUCUUUUUCUAAAAGUCCGUCAGUGAUGCUUGAAUUCCUUUAGUGUGUCCUGACAGAUCAAUGACUUAUGCAGCACACGACCAUAUGGGCAGCACCCUGACCUCUGACCCCAACACAAUACCUUUGGUCGGUAGGGUUAGGGGGCUUGUUGCCAUGGGGAUGGCUCCAUGUGCACUCGCUGACCCUCUCUUGUGAAGAGACAAGCCUGCUCUUCUGCCUCUUUCAUCUGCUGCUCGGUGUGUAGCACUACUGUCGCUCACAAUGUGCAUAAACAGCUAAUCGCUAAAAAUGUAAAAAUAAUUUGCUACCAUCCAGCAAUGGUGGCAUUCUCAGGAAUUGACCAGUUACAAAGUUUUAAGAAGUUUAAGAUUAAUAUUAAAGACAUAAAAACAAUUAAGGGACACAUAUAUCAUUGCUGUCCAAUAAAAAAAAGUGGGUGUGUCAAUUAUUAACAUAUUUUUUUGCAUAUUGAUGCAUAUAUUGUGUACACCUUAAUGCUAAUGGAAUAAUAACUACACUAAAGUAUUUAAUGCCACUACAUAUAUAUUCUUCUUUAAUUUAAUGCAUAUUGCUUAAAAAGACAUUUUAUGAAAAUAAAAGUAAAGAGAAAGCAUAUUUAAUGUGUUUUCAUGAAGUAUAUUCAAUGGAAAAUGUACUAUUAGUAUUCUUUACCUAAUUUUAACAAACUUUUAAUUCAGCUUUAUCCAGUUUUAAUUUGCUACCAUAUUUUUUGGACUAUAAGGCGCACCGUAUUUUAAGGCGCACUAUCAAUGAACGUUUAUUUUCUGCUCUAUUUUCAUAAAUAAUGAAAGCGUCAAUAGUAAGGAUGUCUACAUUCUAUACAUUUUCUAGUUAAACGAGCACUGGAUGUUAAUCUACACAGAUUUCUCUCCCGAAAACUGUUUAUUUGGGUAAGUAAAGCGCUUCAAUUUAUCUACAGUAAACUGAGAUUUCCAGUGUUUUGUCCAAGGAUGAGCAGCGCUAGCCGUGCUUAUCAGCAAAGCUAUCUGCAGUUAGCAGCGUUAGCCAGCUCUGGUCUUCAAUACUAAAUUUACAAUGUACAAUUAAAUGAGAGGAGUGUGUCCAAACCUUUAACUGGUUCUGUACUAAAGCAAUCUUUUCUUUAACUCAACUCACAUUCUGAAUUACGCUAAGCAAAGCUAAGAAUACGUCAACUUAACUCAACUGUGUCAUAAUUCCAAGGAAAAUGAAAUGCAGCUUUAAAACAUGGGGUAGGGAGCAUCAGAGGAGAGAAGCUUUAAGUAUUAUUUCAUUCUUCUGCUGAGAAACUAAAUUUGCUGAGAAAAAUCUGCAGAGAAAAUUAAAUUUAUAUUGGGUGUUUAAUAUAGUAACAGUCUCAUUCAAUAUAUUUAAUUUCUAUUUAAAGACUAUAUUAAAAAAGUUCUACAGGAUUUGAUGCAUUAUUUUUAAUAAUAAGCCAGAAUAAGUUUUCAUUUUAUACUUUGGAAUCUUCUAAGCAGCAAACUUUUUACUGCUAUUGCAAUCAGUUUGUCAAAAAGUCAAAAUGAAAGUAACAGUAGCUGCGUCAUUAAAACCGCAGUUUCCAGUCGUGGGUUAAAUCAGCUGCCUUUUCAGGGUUAGUGAAAAUUGUCUUGUUUGUACAUUGAC